AUGGAACCAGUCAAGACUCAAAAACUGAUCAAAUUCAACAAUUUUCAAUUUCUUCAGUUACCCACUAAAUUAUUUAGUUUAAUCAUUUUAUUUUCUUUAUUGUUAGUUUGUUCUUCAUUAUUGCCAAUCUUGUUCAACUUCAUGCAAAUCUUUAGCUGCAAACUGGGGAAAAACUACAUGUUUCUUCUUUGUAAUGGGAUUCUUGUUUUGAUUGUCAAGAAUUCUGGUUUAAUGGGCAGUUCUGAUUUAGAGAUUAAACCCGUUAAAAAGAAUGGAGAAUUUUUACAGAAAUCAAUUGAAUUGUCACCAUCUUCAUCAUCAGAGAUCAAAAAUAGGACAGUUUUUGCAGAGGAAAAAGUGGCCAUGCAAGUUCAAGAAAAUCAAGAAACGGAAGAGAAGUGUUUGGUUGCUGAGAAAGUUGAAGAUCAAGAAACUGAAGAACAAGAAGAGAUUGAGCUGCUUAGUGCAGAGGAAUUGAACAAGAAAUGUGAUGAUUUUAUCAGGGAAAUGAGAAAACAACUUAGUAUUUCCUAA